AUGGAAGUGAAAGAGGAGAGUCAAGCUGAAGUGGAUGAGAAACAUCAGAUUGUAAAAAUAAACCAUAAUGUUUCACAGAAAGAAACUCUGAAGACAGAAGAAAUAAAGUGUGAAAAUAGUUUCAGUGAAGAUGAACGCCCUGCAGAUCACAAGAGGACCCUUUCACAGGAGAAACCUUUCACAUGUCAUCAAUGUGGAAAAAGUUUCGGAAGAAAAGCUCACCUUAAAGAUCACAAGAGGACUCACAGUGAGGAGAAACCUUUCACAUGUCAACAGUGUGGAAGGAGUUUCACCUCUCAAUCGAACCUUAACUGGCACAUGAAAACUCACAGGGGGGAAAAGCCACACGCCUGUCAGCAUUGUGACAAGAGUUUCAGAGAUAAAACGAGACUUGAGACUCACAUGAGAAGUCACACUGGAGAGAAACCUUACAUAUGCUCUCAGUGUGGAAAGAGUUUUUCAAGCAAAGCCACUCUUAAGAAACACAUGACAGUUCACACUGAAGGAAAACCGUUCACUUGUCAUCACUGUGGAAAGAGUUUCAGAAGAAAAGAUCACCUUACCUUACAUGUGAGGAUUCACACCGGAGAGAAACCAUAUGUGUGUCAACAGUGUGGAAAGAGUUUCACAUUUCAAACAAGCUUUUACCAUCACAUGAAAACUCACAGGGGAGAAAAGCCACAUGCGUGCCAUCAUUGUGACAAAAGUUUCCCAUAUGAAAGUCAACUUCAGAGACACAUGAGGUCUCACACUGGAGAGAAACCACAUGUGUGCCAUCAGUGUGGAAAGAGUUUUACAACUGCAACUGUCCUUAAAACACAUUUGAGAACUCACACCAGAGAGAAACCUUACACGUGCCAUCACUGUGACAAGAGUUUUCCAAAUACAAGUGAACUUAGGAUACACAUGAGGUCUCACACUGGAGAGAAACCACAUGUGUGCCAUCAGUGUGCCAAGAGUUUUACAACUUCAAGUAUUCUUAACAGACAUUUGAGGAUUCAUACCGGAGAGAACCCAUUCAAGUUUCAUAAGAAAUCAUUACCUUAAUGAACACCUAAGAAUUCACAAUGUCUGUACUUGUGUUCUUGUGAAACAUAUCAGUCACAGCCCAAGUACUUUUCCAAUCCCAAGUUCACAUCAAGUAAAGUUCACAUAACAUCUCAUGAUAUGUUUUGAUCCUCUCAUUUUAUCAAGGAUGCAUCAGGUGGUAACUUGCCUAGAAUGCAUUUUGCAUCAUUGUGCAGGUUUUAAGCUUCAUUGCCACUAUUUGAAAUAUUACUCUGUGUAUAAUAUUAUUUCUGUGUCAUAAAAUGUUGCCGUUUAGUCGAGAAUGUAGCUGAAUAAACUUCAAAUCUGUGGUCAGUUAGUAAA